AUUUCAGUCUGACUCAUUUAGCUAAACUAUGAGCACAUUCUACACAGAUGUGUUAAUAGUCGUAUGGUGAAAAACGUAAUUUGUGCAGUUUAAGAUGUGUUUUCUUCAGCCUCAGCUGUGGCAUCUCCUCCUGAUGAUGAGUCUCGGAGGACUCUUUCAGACUGAUGUUUGUGCCGGCCAGCAGUUGGUAGAGAUCCAGGAGGGUCCAUUGUACCGUGUGAAAGGAUUUCCAAUGUCUAUCUCCUGUAAUGUUAGUGGCCUUAAACAUUCAAGGACUCAGGAUUUCGCUUUUUCAAUCUUUCAGCCAAAGAAGCCAGAGGUUCAAAUAGCAAUUAUUAGCACUUUUGAUCCAUCUUAUCCUUAUGCAAAGUACUCUAAAAGAGUGCGGGAGAAAAAUAUUGUGAUUGAAAGGCAGUCAAAGACUUCAGUUAUUUUCCACAUUAAGUCUCUGGAAGCAGAAGAUUCUGGAGAAUAUGAAUGUUACACUCCAAAUACAGAUGGGGUGUAUUUCGGAACCUACAGCGCAAAAACAACAGUGAAAGUGAUUGAGGAUACUCUGUUGGCAUCAUACUCUGGACCUGCAUCUCUUAGCGUCUCUGUAGGUGAAUCCAUUCAGCUAGAAUGCCAAGUCUCCAGUCAGACCUUUCAACACACUCAUCUGUCUGUUACAUGGUAUCUGCGUGGUAGCACUGACACUCGACCCAUCAUCAGUUUGGAUCGAGAUUUAACUGUAAGGCCUGGAGCAGAGUAUGAGCACAGAUACCAUUCUGGGUUUAUAACUAUGGAGAAGAUAGAAGACACCACUUACAGACUCAAGAUAACUCAGGUACAGCAGUCUGACAGUGGUGAGAUCUACUGCCAGGCUGACGAGUGGAUCCAAGACCCAGAUCGCUCUUGGAUGAGGAUUUGCCACAGGAAUUCUACAGGCUCAAACAUAGAGGUCAAAACUCUAGAUACAGCUCAUGAAGAGGGAUCUUUUGGUACUCAAAUUCAGGUUCUGAAUGGGGCCCUGGAGGAAGGAGACAUGAUGGAGAUCCACUGCAGAUUAGAGGCUCAGAAUCUUCUUGGAUAUUUUUUCUCCAUGACUUGGCUGAGAAACAACAUGAUUGUAGCUCAAAUUGAUCACAGUGGUGUGCAGACUGUAGAUAAUACCUACAUGAAAAGAGAGAAAGAUGGUGAACUGAGAACUGUGAAGAAGAAAAAUACAAUCUUCAUUCUUACUAUCCAACCAGUCAGGGUUGAAGAUCAAGGCAUCUAUCAGUGUAAAGCUGAACAAGUAGAGAAGUUAGAGACUGGGUCGUUCAUCGAAAGAAAAAGCCAGCUAUCACAUGAAGAAACUGUGCACAUCAGAACCAAAGAGAGUAGUUUGGCUGUGGUCAUGACAAAGCAGAUGGUUCCUGUGACUGAAGGGGAAACACUACAAAUCUUCUGCAGUGUCUCUGGAACCAAAGGGCUGCUGUCCGUGUCAUGGCAGCACAAAAAAUCUUCAGGCAGCUCUUUCAGCGAUGUUAUAACCCUGAGUCGUGAGGGGGUGAUGGGAGAUGUAGGGGCCAAGUAUCAGCACAGGGGUGUACGUACAUUUCGGUCUAAUGUUGCAGAUUUCAUUUUGGAGUUAAGUGGAGCUCUUCUUUCUGACAGUGGUGAAUAUAUGUGCACUGUGUCUGAGUGGAGUAUAGAGAGCAAUGGCAACCUGAAGAAAGUGAACAGCCAGUCACAGCAAGGCCAGAUUUCAGUUAAUUCUAUUGAAUCACUUGUAAACGUGGGAUUGAAAAGUCGUGACACAUCUGUAACUGAGAACUCUACAAUAAAAAUGAUUUGCUCUGUAAAAGCACCUAAAGUUUCCUUAGCUGUGACUUGGAUGUUUGAACCACAGAAUUCAACAGCUCAAAAAAACAUUAUAUGUAUGGAUCAUACUGGAAGCAUAUCUUGUGGAGCAGAGCAGCAGGACUAUCAGGUAGAAACACAAGUGCGAGAAUCAGGCACAGAUUUUAUUCUCAAGGUGUUGAGAGCAAGUAAGCGACAAGUGGGAAAGUACAAGUGCCAGAUUGAUGUAUAUGACAAAAAUGUUCAGAAGACCAAGAAACUGUCUAAUUCACUGGGCAUCGCUGUACACAGACCUGAUAGCAUGCUGUCUGUCUCCACCAGCCAAAGGUCUCCACUGAAAAUCCAAGCCAAUAGUGACGGAGUGAUUAAUUGCUUGGUGUCCACAGCAACUUCUGAUUCUUCUCGUUUUGAGGUAACCUGGACACGUGGCACCCAGACAUUGCUGAAAAUGGAACCAGAAGGUGUGGUCACUCUGGAGACAGAUGAAAGGAUCAGCAUAAUAAGGACUGAUAGAAAGUCCUUCCAACUGAGGAUACAACAGGUGAAGCUAACAGACAGCGGACACUACCGCUGUUCUGUACAGGAAUGGAUUCAAGAUCCCGAUGGCAUUUGGUAUGGUCUUGACACAAAGUCUGUCACCAGGGAACUAGCUGUGGUUGAAAAAGAAAGUGAUUUUAGCAUGGAUAAAUCUAAUGUUCAGCUGAAGGCCACAGAAGGUGAACAGGUUAAACUCAGCUGCUCUCUGGGGCCUGGUGUACUUGACCACACAUUUCGUUACUCUCUGAGCUGGUUCUUUCAACAAGAUCAAAGUUCCUCCAUAAUUAAGCUACUUACCUACAGCCACGAUGGACGUCUUAUGUUCCAAGUAUCUGAUCCAGAUCUUCAACAUAGACUUUAUUUCUCCAGACCCACUUUUAGUGUCUUUCAUCUGUCCAUCUUGAAUUCUAUCCCAUCUGAUAGUGGAAGUUAUUAUUGUGAAGUAGAUCAGUAUCAGUAUGAUUGCAAAAGCAAAUGGGAAAGGAAAGCGAGCGACAAAUCCGGGUUUUCCAAUGUCACUGUACAUUCUAUAGAGAGCAAGCUGCAUGUACACAAAUCCAGUCACUUUCUCAACGUUACUGAUAUUCAGACCGGCUUUAUGGUAGAAUGUGAGAUCAGCUCCCGUUCUAGCGAGAUGUCUGUGCUUGAAGUGAUCUGGUCCAGGAGGCAGAGUGAAGAGAAGCCUCUGACCAUUUUCACUGCAAGACGAGAUGGAACUCUACACAGCAUGAUCAUUGAUAGAACUCUGGUGUACGACCGGCCCAGUACCACCCGCUACACACUCACUGUACCCAAUGUUGAUCCCUCUGAUAAUGGCCUGUACCAGUGUCAGGUUAUAGAAUGGUUACAGAUAGCUGCUAACACCUGGAAGAAGGUGGCUGAAGACAAAUCAGGAGAACUUUCUAUUAAUGUAGUCGGGAUCAAUUCAAGUGACACUUCUUUCACUUUGGAGGCGUUUGCCACUCAUCAGAACACCAUGGAGGGAGAGCAGUUGGACAUUAGUUGUUUUAUUAAUUUUGAAAUAAUGGACCCCACCUUUCACUACAGUCUUACUUGGUUUGUGGGGAGGCAGGACUCCAGCACCAGCACUUUUUUACUAAGCUAUACCCAUAAUGGCCUUCUACAGUAUCAGUCAUUGAACCAGCAGCUCAGUGGUAGGCUAUUGUUUUCCAGGCCCACAGCCAAACAAUUUCAGCUCAGUAUUUUGAACUCGGAUCCAUCUGAUAGCGGUAACUACCAAUGCAGGGUUGAACAGUACCAGCUUAACUGUGAAGGCAUGUGGGAAAAGAAAGGAUCUCCGCAGUUGGUUACAACUAUGGUCAAUGUGCAAAAAAUAGAGAGCAAGCUGCAUGUACACAAAUCCAGUCGCUUUCUCAACGUUACUGAUAUUCAGACCGGCUUUAUGGUAGAAUGUGAGAUCAGCUCCCGUUCUAGCGAGAAGUCUGUGCUUGAAGUGAUCUGGUCGAGGAGGCAGAGUGAAGAGAAGCCUCUGACCAUUUUCACUGCAAGACGAGAUGGAACUCUACACAGCACGAUCCUUGAUAGAACUCUGGUGUACGGCCGGCCCAGUACCACCCGCUACACACUCACUGUACCCAAUGUUGAUCCCUCUGAUAAUGGCCAGUACCAGUGUCAGGUUAUAGAAUGGUUACAGACAGCUGCUAACACCUGGAGGAAGGUAGCUGAAGACAAAUCAGGAGGACUUUCUGUCAGUGUCCCUGUUAAAGCACCUAUAUAUGAUCCAGGAUGGUCUUCUGGAGUACCACUGUACAUCCUCGUUCUUCUGCUUUUCUUCCUGCUUGCGAUUGUUGUAAUUCUGUGGAUUAAACUUAAAAAGAUAAAAUCUGCUUCAAAAAAACAGGAGAAGUCUCUGUGGGCUGAAAAUAUGCCACUUAGUGCUGUUACAGAAACAGCAGCAGGUAAAAAGGACAUUGACUAAAGCUGAAAAGUCACAUUUUUACUGAAAAGACUUUAAUGUGUCCAUACCAUGUUAUAUGAGAGUUAAGAUCCUGAAACAUCUGCCUUACAGAAUAGUAGUAAUGUACUAACAUUGUCUUAUAUAAGGUCAUUUUAUGAAUAUGAAAAAAGCCGAUUAGUGUCUGCAACUCUGAUAAGAUUAACAUAAUAGAGAAAAUAAGAAAAUGCUAAAUAAAUAAAUAAGAAUUCUUAAAUACAUUUAAAUCUUUAACAGCUGUGGACUAUAUGGAAAGGUUACACACUGUUUUUAUAACAAUAUUGUUGUAGUAAAUCUGAGCAUAGAAAUAUUGAUGUGAUGAUGGCUACAACUAGAGCUUGAACUAGAACUAGAGCUAGUAAUGUUAAAUAAUACAGUAUAAGCAUUAAGGAAGGAGUAUGAUGACCAUAGACAUGUUUUUAACUUUCAUAGUUUUAUAGAAUUACAGUACAUUAUUACUUAAAUCUGGUCUGUUAAUUGAUGAGAUUCUGCUUUUUUUAACCUUAUGUCUGUGCAAACAUAAAACAUCAGUAUAAAAAGAGGAAGUUAGAUUUUGUGGUAAUAUGUGCAGAGUAAAGACUUGACACAGGGCUUGUGGUUUUUGUUGCAGUCUAAGCAGUAGAACAAACAUAUAGUGGGUAAAAACUCACUUGAACAGAAUGUGUCUCUGCUUUGGAUAAAGCUUUUGGAUAAAGUUGAUGCAUUAAUAGCUGGCAAACCUGUAUGUACCUGUUUCUCUUUGUAUGUUUUAAUGUCAGUUUGUGUAACAAAGAUGUGACCUUUUAAUGCUUUAUUUAAAUGUAGUUUAUUUAAACAUUAUAGUAGUUUAUUAUCUGACUUUUUUAACGGUAUUUUUGAUAAUAAUAGCUCUUAUAAAUUGUAUUGAAUUAAAACAUCUAGAAAUUAAAACAACAAACAACUUUUGUAGAACUAAAGAUGGUAAGAUGUUUAGUUAAGAAACAGGAAACACCAAAAGGCUCAAAAUGCAUGAGGAGACCAUGAAUAGAUAUUCUUUAUCUUGUCAACUACAGAGUGUCAGUCACAAUGAUUUACAUAUAACACCACAACCCAGUGUCUGGCACCUGUCUGUCUGUCUGUUUCUCUGUCCCUCCUUUAAUCUUACGUCAUUUCAUGGCCUUGUAAGUUCCUCGGUGAAAGUGUUAAAUGUUGCAAUACAUUUAAUAAAAUUCCUCUUUCUUUGUA